AUCUGUUUUUAGGCGAGCUCUCUUCUCGGUCACAUUUGUCGGUGUUUGGUAGAGUCACUGCAGUUUGCUGUGUGUGGCUAAGGUACGACCUUUGUUUCUCUUCCACGGUUUCGAGUGAGGCGUGAAAAAUUGUGGGUGGUGUUUUGAUUCCCGUCUGCUUCGGCAUACCGCGUGUGUGGUGUUACUUUCUGGUGGUAAUAGAAGGAGUCAUAAAUCCGGUUUUAUCACCUUACCGGAGCAUGCUUUCGUGGUGCUUUCACAGCCAACAGCCACGCAAGUGAAAAAGGCCUCUCCAAAAGAAAGUUGAUCUCCUAGGCUCCCAUCUCUCGCAGUUCAAGAGGAUGUAUUCCAAGCCGGAAGGGUAUCGAUAUCAAUAAAAUAUUUUGCAUAUUACAUAAAUUUCGCAUUUCGGUUGAUAAUCUGGCCCUGUAAGUCGUGUUCGUUGGGUACCAGUUUGUGCCUGUACGUAUUUGCCAAGGAGGUUGCAUGGUGUUCGCGGUGAGAUUUAUCAUAGUUAUGCCGUGGUGGGAGUCGUUUUGAAAGGAAAAUUAAUUGCUGCUCCUCCCAGUGGAAUAAUUUUGGGCUCGUUUCGAUCGUCGUGUCCCGACGGUGUGGUGUGUGUCACGUGAAUCGCGGCGCCAGUGAAAAAGGUCGAUGGGUAGAGUUUCAAAACACAUGUCCUCAAGCGGCCUGGAGUGUGAGUGUUUGUUGUAAGGUUGUUUCGAGAGUUUUUCAAUAAAAAAAACCCGAUCCAGACAAAAAUAGAAAAAGCGGUUGGAAAAAUAAUCGUAUCCUAACGGAAUCAAUCAAUUAUCGCUCCGUCAGCUGCGUUGGCACAGGCGACGAGCGUUAUUCUAGCUGUUGGGACUGUUGAAGAACGAUCCAGUCUAUUCACAUCAUUGUGAUCCAACAAUAGCAGCACACAAAACCCCAUGUCGGAGUGAAAUUUGAGAAAAAUAAACCAAACAAGAAAAGCCCUAGCAGCAUAAAAAAAAAAAAAGAACGGCCGAGUGAGAGGAAAACAGAUAUAGCCAGUUUGGGGGAGAGAGGAGUGAAAAGUUGUGGAAGUUGGGGUGAAAAGUGGAUCUAGUAAGAGUGUUUUGUGAUAGCUAUACCGAUAUCUAAAGUCGACUGGCUGUGUUUUGCCGUGUACAAGAAUAGAGGUGGUAUUUCGAGCCGGUUUUACAAUUCAAGGUGCGGUGAAGUGUUUGGCAGUCAAUGGAUGUUUGUCAUCUUCUGCUGUUUCUACGACCUGUUCUGGGUACUGCCGGCUGUUCGAGCUCAGGUGCUUUUGCUAUCUCUACCGUUGUUGUACCGUGACAGCAAGGAGCUGCCGCCUUGUGUUGCCUUCUUUUUUGUGUGGAACCGUUAUCAGAGAAAAAUCGUCAAAACGUGGGGCGAAAUCAAGAAAGGUCUCCAAUCGCUGUGGAUGACUAGGCUCUGCAGUCCUUGGGAUUACAGUCAGCACGACGAGUAUCCAGCGGACGGAUUUGCUGAAUUUCUGCAUCCGUCACCCCUCGACAGCAAAGAAAUGGACGACAUGCUGGUGCAUUGCAACAAGAACAGCGUCUACGUACUGGAUUCCAGCUAUCGAUACCGGGAUUUCGACAUGAUAGAAUUAUUCGGUUCACCGGCUGGAAGAGCAUUAACAGUGAAUAAUAGAACAGCUGCCGAAAUGCAGCCAUGUAGCAAAUCGAACAACAGCACCAACAGUAGUUCCAACAUUGCCAGCGGCAUCAGCAACGGUGCCACCAACCCUCAAAAUCAUCCCCUCAGCCAACAGCCUCUGUACCAUCCGCUGCAGAACUGCGGCUUCAGCGGAACCUGUAGCACUAUUGGCACUAGCCUCAACCACCAUACGAGCCAUUCAACUGCCAGCAACAACUUUGUCGAAACUAGCGAUCUAAUAAGGUACAGAUCCAACCAUCCCCAGUUGCACCAGCACCACCAUCAAACGACAAACUACAGCAACAACAACGGUCGAACAAACUCGAAGAUUGCCAAAAUAUGGAAGCUCUUCGACGAGGACCGAAUACGUAAAGGCACCAAUAGCACCAGCCUCAACAGUAACAACAACAACAACAACAAUAACAACAACAACAACAACAACAGCAGUAGUAGUAGUAGUGGAAUUAGUGGGAGUGACAUCUUCAGUCGAUGUCAAAGCAGGAGAAAAUCCAGCCCAGUCCAGAGCGAGGAGAAAACCGCUAAGGACCUGUACAACGAGGCGGCCCAGCUUCUCGGAAUCAAGUGCACUCUCAGUGACAGCUGUCGUUGCAUUGAUUGCCAGAGCCAAUACUUCGACUGUGAUGACUUCGACACGUACUCGGAAUAUUCGGAUAAGUCAUACGAUACGGAGGAAAAUUUCAUCGUAAAUCAAUCGUAUUUCUGCUCUGGCACCAGCAGCCACAGCCAGCGGGACGAUCUGACUGACGACUGUCGCCAUGACGAACAAGACUUUGGCGCCACUGAAAAUCCCCAUGCCAGUAACGACUCAUCCAGCUACAGUGCCACCCCCAACGACAAAAACAACCCAAAAGGCGGCAACACCAAUCAGCAGCUACAUCUCGAGGGAACAAACGUCGAGCGUGAUGGCGAUGAAAAUGAGGAUGACAAUGGUAACAAUAAAAGUGAUCAAUAUUUACUGAACGACACGUCCCACGAACUAUAUCGGGAGGGGGACGUCCAUGGAAAUCCCAUGACAGCGACAGGCGAAAUGCGGCGUAGGAGGAGUAAUGAGAGCGAGAUCGGACCGAAGCAACAGAUAUCAUCGGGGAAUGGCUCAUCGAGUUCCAUCCGAGAUUAUGCCACUGCCGGCGAAAUUAACGAACCGGAAACGAAUGGCAAUUUGAUAGCAUGAAAAAGGAACGCAACCUCUGCGACCACCGUAUCAACCAAUGGCCCUUUAUACGGUAACGAUGGCCUGGAUCCAACCUAUAGCAGCGACAUGAGUUUAACCUUUCACCACUACUGGACCAACAGAUUCAAUGGAAAGUGUUAACAUCUUUCUGCGAAUUAUUUCCACCGGAGAUCAAAACCAACUAGAUCGGAACAGCUUACAGCAAACAGAACAAAGAUAGAAGAUAACUUUCCUUACACAGUUUCAUGCCUGUUACUCGGCUUCCAGUCUUUAUAUAGUGCGGGAAGUUAAAAGCACGUGAUCAACAGUAAAGUCACGUUCUACCAUCUGAUCCAUUAGUUUUAAGUGGAUUAAUUCUACUGCGCUCGGCAUUUUUGGUUCUUGGUUGGUUGCUGUUUUGCCGUCUCGUUUUGAGAUACUUCCAGUGACCACCCGGCGGAGGAAAACCGGAUGCAUGUAAGGCAAGCUCCAAGCAGAACAUAAAUCAAUCAUGACAACUCACGCGCGAACCACUCGCUUUUCCGCUACUAAUAGAAACCAAGGGGAGAACGUAAUGAAGCGUACGUAUACAAUUAGAAGUCCGAAGAAGUCAGGAACGACAAACAGCAGAACGUGUUCUUUCUGGUAGCUCCGAAAGAUAGUUACUUCAGCAGAAUUAGUCCCCAGUAGAUUUAUGAGCAUGCCGGACAGAAAGCUCGUAACUCAAAACUCAGUAAUAAACGAAA